CUGGACUGUUUGACACCGUUUGGUACCGCCCUCUGUGUGGGGGCGACCACACAGACCUGGCUUCAGAAACAUCGACAUCUUAUUGAAAAACUGUGUCGGCCGAACCGAGCGGGUUGAUCAGUGUGUAACAUGUCACAGAGUGUGCGGACGCAUCAUAGCGCUUAAUUUUAACGCAGCUGUGCGUGACGUUCCUGCCGCACUAAGCAGGUGAACUGGGCCGGCUUUGAUUUGUUUGUUGGUGUGCGGGCGGAAAGCUGCAGGAGACACCGAGCCGGUACGUCAAAUGUCUUUUAUUGAAGUAGAUCCGCACAGGACGAAGCAUCAGACCCUCCUAAUUAUUCGCGCUGUGACGUCCUGAAGAUCGGCCGGAAUGAAAAGUGUUUGAUCAUUUUCAGCUUUAACCGUUAAAACGUGUUUUUUUUAAACGGACUCUGGCCUAACGUGCCAUCCGCGUAGAAGAGAGCUCAUUCAGGUUAGAGAACAUCGAGCGGCUGUUCAACAGAUGAUGCUCAGAAAGGUGCAGAUGUUACUGAAAUAAGCGCAGCUCGAAGCGCUAAAUGUGCGCCGAACUGAAGAAUGGACGCAGUUUGUGUCAGCGGUGUUUCUUUGGAUCUCUGACUCGUUGAUUCUUCAGCAGAUGACCGAGGAUUUGUUCCGUUUCUCGGAUUGUGAACGGAGGCCGGCGUGACGUUCCCUCCGCCCCGCACAGACCGAGCAGGGAUCUCCUUGGAAACGGUUGGUGACAGUACUCCCCCUCCUCUCUCGCCUCCUCUCAUCAGGGAUGGUCGGCACUGAAAUCUUGUUCUACAAAUAAGCUCCAGAACCAGACUGGGACAUUUCCAGUGAGCAGAUGUUCUCCAGCAGAAUGAACCAGUCCAGCCUGCUGUUCGGACCACUGGAGGAGCUGCAGGAGCUCGCCUUCAUCGAGAGGCCGAUCCGCAGGAGUCUUAAGACAGCAGAGGAGAUCGAUCAGCUGACUGUGGAUGAAGACCUCAACGACAUCGAGAGAGCUGUCUACCUGCUCAGUGUGGGACAGGAGGUGCAGAGAGCAAGCGUCAUCAGUAACCUGCCAAGCCUUGUCCGUCAGAAUCCAGCAGAGACGUUUCGUCGGGUCGUACCAAAGGUCCGGGAGGUUCUCAAUGGAGCAGGAGCAGAAAUUCAGCUGGCAGCAGCAGCGUCAUUUUUAACCAUCCUGCAGGAUGACAUCAUUCUGAUCCACACCCACACCUUUUCUAUCCUGAAGACUGUCCUACUGCACCUGAACCACCGAGACACAGUGGUGAGCAAUGCCUGGUUGGAGACUCUACUGUUGGCCAUCAAUGCUCUUCCCAAGGAGACCAUCAAACAGGAGGUGCUCAACCCUCUCCUAUAUCAGUCUCAGCUGUCUCACUCUCUACAGGCUCGUCUGGCCAGCUGUCGUAUUUUAGGAAAGGUCGCUUGCAAGUUUGAUUCUCACAUAAUGAAGAAGGAACUGCUGCCGCUGGUUCGCUCUUUAUGUCAGGACGUGGAGUUUGAGGUUCGAGCCUGUAUGUGCCGUCAGCUGGAGAGCAUCGCCAGAGCAACUGGGAUGGACGACACCCGGACUGAGCUGCUUCCUGAACUGGUGGAGCUUGCUGAAGACGAGGAGAGCAGCGUCCGCCUUGCUGCCUUCGACACCAUCAUCAAUCUGAUGGAGAUGAUGGACAGCGAUGACAGACUCCACGUUGUGGUUCCUCUGGUAAUGUCAGUGUGCGAGGUGUCAUCGCAGGUGGAUGAAGCUGUCAUGGCAUCUUUGUCAUUCCAGUUUGGGAAGCUCUGUAAUGGACUGACAGGCUCUCUGUCAGAGGAGCAGAAGGCCCGGUUGCUGCAGAGAUUUAAAGUUCUUUGUGUUGCUGGUCUGCAGAACGAAGGGAAUUCGACUGAUGGCAACAAUGAGUCAACACUGAUCCGCUGCAACUGCUGCUACAACCUGCCGGCCAUGGUGGUGUUUUCGGACCCGUCUCAUUUCUUGUCAGAGCUCUACCCGUCCUUCUACAGUCUUUGUUGUGAUCCUGAGGUCAGCGUUCGACGAAGUGCUGCAGCCAGUUUCCACCAGGUGGUGAAGCUGCUCGGUUCAAACGUCCAGCUGGUCCACAAAGAGCUCCUCGCUCUGCUGCAGGACGACGCUCUGGAGGUGUUGGACGCUCUCAUGAAUCACCUGGAAGAGACUUUGGAGGCGGUUCUUAACAGAGGACAGAACCUGAUGCUGGACAACAAGUUCCCAGAGCUGUUGUCGGUUCUGCUGUUGGCGGAGCAGAAGGUUGGAUGUUCUCUGCGUUGGCGGUUACAUGAGAAGCUGCUGCAGCGUUACAGUUGCCUGGCGAGACUCCUGCCUGGAGAACUGCUGCACCAGAACUUCUCCCCUCGCAUCUUCAUCAUCCUCACCACCAAUAAAGUUUUGCCGGUUCAAAAGGAGGCGGCUCGGACGUUCUGCACAUUCCUGCGUUACAACCGCAAACAGGAGCAACGUCAGGAGAUGAUGGAGCGACUGAUCCAAGAUUUGGCUCAGGGGCGGAGCUAUUGGAACCGUCUGAGGUUCCUCGAUGUUUGUGAAAUGGCCACUGAGAUUUUCUCUAGAAAGUAUUUCAACAAACAUUUCCUGAUCCCGGCGCUGGAGCUGGUCCACGACCCGGUGGCCAAUGUCAGGUACAAGCUGUGUCAGUUGUUGCCCAGACUGCGGUCGUCACUGCGCCUGCCCGCGGACAAACAGCUGCUGCAGCAACUCGACUUUUGCGUCCAGAAACUGCUCUGCAGAGAGAAAGACAAGGAUGUGGUGGCCACAAUCCGCAAGACAGUGUUGGAAUUGGACAAACUGGACCUCACUGAACCUUUUCACAAGAGGCAGGAGAGGGAUUUACUGGACCAGAAAAAGGAGAAGGAGGAGACUCUGUUGCUGGAGAUGCUGGAGCGCCAACAGACCGACGGGAAACUGAACUCUGAAAAACAUACAGAGCGAAAACGAAGAGACUGCAAAACCAGUCUGUCUGCCACUAAAUCUAUGUCUGUGUCCUCCUCUGGAGCGGCCCUGUCAUCCUCUGGUAAAGAGAUGAGGAAGGCUAAACUGUCAAGGAGUCGGUCCCUCAGCAGUCAGCCAACGACAUCCAAAUCUGCCAACUCAGACAGACCUCUGAAAGUGAAAGAGCUAAACAGUCCAUCUGGGCCGAAGAAGUCCUCCGUAUUACUGAGCAAAGAUGACUCUUUAAGGACUGCGCACUUUACUAUGGCAUCCCAGUCCAGCUCCUCCAUGCCAGUCCUGAUCCGCAGUAACACCACCAGCCUCCUGGACAGGGCCAGCACAUUGGACCACAGAAGCAGUUCUAUGGACCACAGGACCAGCACCCUAGAACAGAGAGAUCAUAGAACCAUUACACUGGAGCAGAGAACCAGUUCAAUGGACCACAGAACCACUACCUUGGACCAUAGAACGACUACAAUUGACCAGAGAGACCAUAGAACCAGUACCUUGGACCAUAGAAUGACUACGAUUGACCAGAGAGACCACAGAACCAAUACUAUAGACCAGAGAGACCAUAGAACCAGUACCAUGGACCAGAGAGACCAUAGGACCAGUACCAUGGACCAGCGCAGUAAAACAAUGGACCGGGGCUGUGGGGUGAAGGACAGCCAAUCCAGAAAGUUGUCAAUAAACAGGAAGUCCAACUCUUUCAGCAUCCAAUCAGGACGAGACUGAAGAUGAUGAUGAUGUCAUACCUCCACUAGGCCAUCAGCAUUCAGGGAGCAGUUUCCAUUCAAGCAGUUGUGUCAUGAGUUAAAGGAUGAACGCUUUAGAACAUUAUCCAGAAUGCAACAGUCAGAGUCUGACUUCUGAGCACUGUGUAUUUUAAUGAUCUCAUCCUGUAACCUGUUUGGUUCAGUAAAAUCCACAUGUACAAAC